AUCGAUCAAUCAAUCAAUCAAACUCCUCGAGAAGAUGCGUAUUACAACUGGCAUGACCAGUGACGAGUCCCUGAUCUGAUCCCACGCUUUCGUUGUCGGGUGCAAGCGCAUCCCCGCAAUCGCUUUGACGGCAUCGGAAAAGAGCUCGUCAAGACACCCGAGUGAGGAAGAAAACACAGAAGUCUAUCUUCUUUACAUCAUGGCGUACGUCGUACCGAUCCACCGCGCGAGCAGUAUCCGGCAUGCGGUAAAGCUACGAUUCAUGGCGGAAGAGGAGGAUUGCUUGGUUGUCGCAAAAGCAAAUCGACUAGAAUUCUAUUCCCUGACCCCAGAUGGUUUGAGUCUCACGACCUCCCGCACUUUGUAUGGACAAGUUACCAUACUCGCUCGGCUUCCUGCUCCCGCAAAAUCCCCUACAGAUCACCUCUUCGUUGGAACGGACCAACACAAGUUUUUCACACUUUCGUGGGAUCCUCUGGCGGACCGGGUUCAUACGGAGCGGGGCUUUAUUGAUCUCGCUGAUCCAUCAUCGAGGGAGGCGCAACAGGGCGGGAGAUGCUUGAUCGAUCCUAGCGGGCGGUUUCUGACCUUGGAAACAUAUGAGGGUAUCGUUACAGUCAUCCCGAUUGUGCAGUUACCUACAAAAAAGAGGGGAAGGAAUGUGCACACAGCAUCCGGGCCCGAUGCACCCCAGGUCGGCGAAUUGGCAGAGCCGACAAUGACGAGGAUCGAUGAGCUUUUUGUCCGGUCGUCAGCCUUCCUGCAUGUGCAGAUGGGGCCGCCGCGUCUGGCUUUGUUGUAUGAAGACAACCAGAAGAGGGUUAAGCUAAAGGUCCGAGAGUUGCAGUAUAGCGCGGCCACUGCAAGCACUAGUGCAGAUGCAACCUUUGUUGAAGCUGAAGUCUUUGCACAGGAGCUGGACCUGGGAGCGUCUCACCUUAUUCCAGUUCCUGCUCCAUUAGGUGGUUUCCUUAUCCUUGGUGAAACAUCGAUCAAAUACAUCGAUGACGACAACAAUGAAACUAUUUCUCGACCACUCGAUGAAGCAACUGUUUUUGUCGCGUGGGAGCAGGUAGAUGGUCAGCGAUGGCUUCUUGCAGACGACUACGGGAGGCUGUUCUUCCUCAUGCUUGUCUUGGACUCCAAUAACGAGGUAGACGGCUGGAAGUUGGAUUACCUGGGCAAUAUAUCGCGGGCAUCGGUCCUCAUUUACCUUGGCGCCGGGGUGACCUUUGUCGGAUCUAAUCAGGGUGAUUCGCAGGUUAUUCGGAUCGCUGAUGGUUCCCCUGAGGUGAUCCAGACCCUGUCCAACAUUGCGCCUAUCUUGGAUUUUACUAUAAUGGAUCUCGGAAGCCGCGGAAACGAAACACAGACCCAUGAAUUCUCGUCUGGUCAGGCACGUAUCGUCACCGGUUCGGGGGCUUGGACUGACGGUACUCUGAGGAGUGUUCGGAGCGGUGUCGGCAUGGAAGAACUGGGCAUCCUGGGAGAUAUGGACCAUAUAAUAGACCUUUGGGGCUUGCAGAUUGCAAGCACCGGUGAGUUUUUGGACACGCUACUGGUUACAUUUGUAGAUGAAACGAGGGUAUUCCGCUUCAGUUCCGAUGGAGAGGUGGAAGAGCUGGAUCAUUUUCUGGGUCUUGCACUUUCUGAGAAUACUCUUCUGGCCGCGAAUCUUCCUGGUGCGAGGGUACUACAGGUCACUGAGCGCAGGAUCCUCCUGGCUGAUGUAGACAGUGGAAUGGCCACCUUUGUAUGGGUACCGGAUGGCCAGCAGACCAUAACUGCUGCCGCCUGCUCUGAAGGCCGGUUGGUUAUUGUCGUUGGCGGCCAGGCACUCUUGGUAUUUGAAAUUGGGAAUGAUGUCCAACUCACUGCACAGAAGGAUUUCGGGACUGACAGCCAGAUCUCUGGGGUAACAGUGCCCCCAUCACCGACGGGCGUGUGUAUUGCUUGUUUCCCUCAGUCUGCUGCAGUCUCUGUCCUAUCGCUUCAUGAUUUCAAGGAGCUGCACACGCAGCCACUGGGCACAGCUGGGGAAGCUUUUCCACGGUCUGUUCUUGUUGCUCACGUCCUUGCAAAGAAUCCACCAACGCUCUUUGUCUCAAUGGCAGACGGCAGUGUCAUCAUAUUCACAUUCAAUCCUACAGACUUAUCCUUAACCAGCAUGAACAAGUUAACCCUCGGCUCUGAGCAGCCAGUCUUCAAAAAGCUACCAAGGGGUGAUGGACUGUACAAUGUAUUCGCUACUUGCGAGAACCCGAGUUUGAUCUACGGAUCUGAAGGCAGAAUCAUAUAUUCUGCAGUAAACUCAGAAGGAGCUUCUCGCAUUUGCCAUUUCCACUGCGAAGCCUACCCUGAGUCGAUCGCUGUGGCGACCACCCACGAUCUAAAGAUUGCUCUGGUGGACAAGGAGCGGACAACUCAGAUUCAGACUCUGCCCAUUGGUGCCACAGUCCGGAGGGUUGCUUAUUCUCCAUCGGAGAGAUCAUUUGGUAUCGGGACUGUUGAACGGAAAUUAGAAGACGGGGCCGAGGUUGUCAACAGCCAGUUUGUGCUCGCUGAUGAGAUUCUAUUCCGGCGACUCCAUACGGUCGAUUUGAGGCAGAAUGAGCUGGUUGCAAGUGUCAUCCGUGCCGAAUUUCUGACAGGGAAAGAUGAAAAUGGCCGGGAUACGUUCAAGGAUAGAUUUGUUGUUGGAACAUCCUACUUGGAUGACGAAGGCGAGGAGUCAAUUCGGGGAAGGAUACUGGUGUUUGAAGUUGAUAAUGGUCGGAAGCUGACCCAGGUUGCUCAGCUCCCCGUCAAGGGAGUAUGUGGCGCCUUAGCUAUGCUGGGGGAGAAGAUUGUGGCGGCGCUUGCCAAAACGGUUGUUCUGUAUAAACUCGCGAAUGACAACUUCGGAGAGAUGAAGCUUGAAAAGCUGGCCAGUUACAGAACAUCCACAAUGCCUGUGGACGUGGCGGUAGCGGGAAACUUGAUUGCCGUAUCAGACCUCAUGAAGAGUGUCUCCAUUGUUGAGUAUAGAGAGGGCGAGGACGGCCUCCCCGAUUCUCUAACUGAAGUAUCCCGUCACUUCCAAACAGUCUGGGCAACCAGCGUGUGCAGUGUUGCAGAGAACACUUACCUGGAAAGCGACUCCGAAGGCAACCUGAUUGUUCUCCGUCGUAAUGUCAAUGGCGUCACUGACGACGAUAGGAGACGAUUGGAAGUGACCAGCGAGAUUUCGCUAGGUGAGAUGGUCAACCGGAUUCGACCUGUUGAUAUCCAUCAAUCUUCCAGUGUGACAGUCACUCCAAGAGCCUUCCUAGCAACUGUUGAAGGCUCCAUCUAUCUAUUUGCCCUCAUACACCCGGAAUACCAGGACCUUCUCAUGCGUCUGCAGUCCACCAUGGCAGCCUACGUUGACUCACUAGGGAACCUACCCUUUAACAAGUUCCGUGCUUUCCGCAACAUGGUACGCGAAGCGGAAGAGCCCUUCCGAUUCGUAGAUGGAGAACUGAUCGAGCGGUUCUUGACUUUCGAGCCUGGGACCCAGGAGGAAAUUGCGGGACUGCUGGGCAUCAUGGACGCAGAGGGCAUCAAAGCGAUGAUAGAAGCGUUGAGAAGGUUGCACUAGUCUGUCUGUUGUACUACCAGUCUAGAUGUUUAAUUUCGGCCGUUGGGGUUUGCGGAUGGCUUUAGGGUAUAUUAAAUGAUUUUUGGUGACUUUACAUCCGGUUCUUGCCAGGAAAACUGGAAGACAAGCACACAAAAUACUUUUUAUAUUUUCUGCACCCAAACUGAAGCUCAUGGAACACAUCAUCGCUCAGAAAAAGAGUUCUGGUGUAUUAGGACUUCUCUCCGGACAUUAUUAUGAGAUCAUACAUAGAACGGUAAAUAUCCUCCUACCCGCUCUCCAUCCUUCUCAACCCGGUGUCAAGUAUUUAUGGAAGUAAACAGUAUCAAUUAUACAGCGUCAAAGGAAAGUUCAUGAAUCAAUUAAAGGAGAAGAAUCCGGGCGAUAAGGACCGCAGUAAUGUAACCCCCCAUACAAUAAUUAACGCGGUUUUAGUUGCGGUACUGCGGUAAAUAGGAGAAAAUGAGAAUAGUCGAGGCGUACGCGUAACGGUAGAGAUAGCAGGUAAAGGUGAUUGUAUCUUCCUCGCCGAUGGACCAGAAGAGUUGAUCACUCAUCUUUCUUCUCUGAAACCGACUUCUUCGAACCGGCCUUCUCAUCUUCGGACUCACUCCAGUCUAACAACUCAAGCAGUUGCUCCUCAGACAAUUCUUCCGCGUGUUUCUCAGUCUGUUUCUCCAACGAUUUCAGGUACUUCUUUCGUCUCUUUCUGGCAAUACCACUCCACUCGGGAACGCCAGAAGCCUUGGCCUCAUCUUCCUCAAGCUCAUCGUCCGUAUUCUCAACCUCUCCUAGCACCUUGCCUGUUCCACGGAGGGAAUUGGCCGAAACUUUGGCUUUCUUAUCCCCGGACACCCCGAACGCUGCCCUCUGUGCUUCCUCCUUGGCUCGCUUCCUGCGCUGGUCGUAAUCAAACCACUUGCGGAAACCCAGGUCGAUGUAAGGACGGAUCAUGAUGUAGCCUAUGACAACCGCGGCAAGGCGAAUCCAGCGCUGAGAGGUCAUGUCAGCGACGGAGGCGUACAUGUUGUCCUUGAGGCGCUUCGCGCCGACUGCGAAGCCCUUGAAGAGGAGGGAAAAGAAUUCGUUCACGGCAUCGGCGACGACAUCACCAGCUUCAGCUGCACCGACGGUCUCCAUUGCUGUCUUUCUUCGAUUGUUUGUCGGUUUAAAUUUUUUAUUUUUUAUUUUUUAUUUUUUCUUCUUUCUAGGAUGAUCGAUCGGUUUGUCAACUGUUCAACUUUUGCUUGGCGGCAGGAUACUGCUACCCAGGAACUGUUGCAGCUCCCCUGUGGAAGCCACCCGAAGAUGAAGCUCAAGAAAAUGUAACUCUCGGGGAAGAUGAGGAAUUGGAUUCUAAAG